CCUUGCAGACACCUUGGCUGCAUGACUGCGGGUUCAUCCUCUAACUAUAAGGUGACGGUCGCUGUUACCGAAUCGGGCCGCUCUGGAAAUCCAGUGUUACCCCUCCCUGCCUCUUCGGCAUCCGCAGUCGGCGACGAUGCUCGUGCAGACAACGAAGAGCGGCUAUCGCUUCUGGCUGUAGCUGCCUAGCAAAGGAAAGAUUUACCAAAUACGGCAUCAGCGUUUCUGCCACUCGCUGCACCUGCAUCCAUCUCUGUCAGUAACAUGGAAAGACAGCAAGGUCGCGAGUACAUCUAAACGGGCGCCUCACCUCCAAGAGCCAAGACGGGAGGUACAAUGAGCGAGGAGGUCCCAGUUACCCCUAGCUGGCUGACCCCUGACCCUUCCUGGGUCAGCAGUGGUGGGGGCAGCAUGGAGAACGCCACGGCUGAUGCAUACCCGCCAGUGGGGCUACCCCCACAGCCGGCAGUGCCGCCCCCUGCCGAUCUGCUGGUGAACCCCUGGGACAUCGUGCUUUGCACCUCGGGCACUCUGAUAGCCUGCGAGAAUGCCCUGGUAGUUCUGGUGAUCUGGCAGAACCCGGCACUGCGCGCGCCAAUGUUCCUGCUCAUUGGCAGCCUGGCGUUGGCCGACCUGCUGGCUGGCCUGGGCCUGGUGCUGCACUUCACCUUUGCCUACCUGCUGCGCUCAGACUCAGCCCAGCUACUCACUGUGGGCCUGGUGGUGGCCUCCUUUUCUGCCUCGGUCUUCAGCCUGCUGGCCAUCACCAUCGACCGCUACCUGUCGUUGUACUACGCGCUCACAUACAACUCAGAGCGCACGGCCGCCUUCACCUACGCCAUGCUGGUGCUGCUGUGGGGCGCGUCACUCAGCCUGGGCCUGCUGCCCGUUACAGGGGUCAAUUGCCUGAGCCAGGAGGUGACAUGUAGCGUAGUGCGGCCGCUCACCAAGAAUAACGUGGCCGUGCUCUCCGUAUCCUUCCUGCUCCUCUUCGGCCUCAUGCUGCAGCUUUACGUGCAGAUCUGCAAGAUCGUCAUGCGGCACGCGCACCAGAUCGCGGUGCAGCACCACUUCCUGGCUGCUACACCACACUACGUCACUACACGCAAAGGCGUCUCCACGCUGGCCAUCAUCCUGGGCACCUUCGCCGCCUGUUGGAUGCCCUUCACCGUCUACUCCCUCAUCGCCGACUACACCUACCCGCCCCUGUACACCUACGCCACGCUGGUGCCCGCCACCUACAACUCCGUCAUCAACCCUGUCAUCUAUGCCUUCCGCAAUCAGGAGAUCCAGAAGGCACUGUGGAUGGUGUGCUGUGGGUGCAUCCCCACCACCAUGGCUCAGCGGGCACGGACACCCAGUGACGUCUGAUGUAAUGUGUACCUCUGGGCAUGCAGCUCAAUUAAAGGGCUCGGAGCUGACUGCCAGAAUCAUCUUAACGAAAUAUUCUGUCUUCAGCGGCUGCAGAGGUACCCAGUCUCCCCCCUAAGGAAUGGGGUGGGGCAUGUCUUUGGCCCCCUUUUAGGUCUUCCCCUUUCUUUAAUGUAACUCAAACCACUGCCACACAACCUCUCCCUAAUUGUGACCCCAACAACUGCCACUAGUGUCUAUGUUUGCAUGGCGAGCAGAUGUACAUAGGAUGUAGAUAAAAUUGCCCUGGCCUGUACCAAUGUACACUUUUUAGCGAGGAUGCUACUGCUUCCCUCGACCUCAGGCCCAGUGGGCCUUGAGGGUGGCGGCUGGGGGGCUGAGCGAGCCUCAUUUCUUUAGUGUCGUUGCUGCAUUCUGCACGUGCGCUGAAAACUAACCAACCGCGGAAGGCUAAAAAUAGCUCACGCGCUCAAUGAUCCGCGCGCCCUGCGUCGUCCUCCGCGGACGCGAAAGAAACUGAGCCGAAGAGAAAGCCGGUAUCGCUUUAUCUUGCUCGCUAUUUUGUUUUUCGCUUUAAAACCUUACCCAAGCGUGCCCGAAUGUCCAGUGCCCUACAAAACUGAAGACCACGAAGAGCUAAACCCCGAAAGAGAACCACUAUGAAUAUCAAACCCAUCGAUGCCUUUAUUUAGUACAACAGAUUAACUGGUAAUCGGGUUUUUUCCAUCCGUAUCAGUACUAAAUGUGUCUCGUAUGAAAAGAACCGGGGUUUCUGUAAAGUGGUGUGAAUUUAAGUGGUUCUCUUUGACUAGGGAUUUACUUGAAUAGAAAUAAAGCUAUAGCUGUAGCGUAGGCUUCUACUUGCGUGUUGGUUGAGUUUGAUUCUAAUUAUUGAAUGACGUAAGAUCAGAUUUGAAUGUAUUGUUUGUUUUUGCUUUGACGCCGCGCAUUUACUAUUUUGAUUGCAGAGGAGCUCAAGCGUGAUUGUUGUCAUUCAGUCAUCAUUGUGCUACGUUCACAAAAUAACUAACCGAAUAAUAUUAAUUUGUAAACACAUCAGAGUAUUUUACUUGGUGAAACUACCACAUUCUAACUUACAUAUUCUUUAUAUAUUCCAAACAGAAAGGAAUAAUACACUACACUGCCUGAUCACUCUUACCACCUAACCACUCAACAGUCUUCCCUGAAAACCAAACAGGUGAUAAGGAAUACAAUAGUGAAAAAAUGAGAAUGUUGAUUAUAGAAAAUAAAUAAGAAAAGCAGGUUAAUUUAUCAUUCGCCUCCUGAGAUGCGGUUGCUGUCAGUUGAACAGGAUUGCGCUUGUUAAAGGUAGCUGGUUGUGACUUUGUCGCAGUUCGACACUGUUACCUAAGUCAAUGUCACUACCUGCUUUGGAACACCAGCUUCUCGAGUGCCAACCAGCCGUGAUCCAUUCCAUCACUGAGAUAGGCUCCAUCGGCAAGCAAUAAUCACAUCCUGAGCGUUUCACCAAAUCAUAGCAAUACUCUAGCAGCAAUAACAGCUAUACCUAGCAGAAUCAGCUCUGCAAUCAAACAUAGUAUAAUCACACCCAAAUUUUGUUAGAAAAAUAAUCUAAGGUCAUUAUGACAUCUGAUUCCAUCUACAUUAAACCCAAGUAAGAGUGCCACAAAACAUGAACCGGUCAGCUCACGUCUGAAACGCCCAGAAGUUAGAUAGUGUUCUUGUGCAUGAGAUUUCAUAAUGGAGUGUUUGAGCUCUUCGCUGUGGUCAUUUACAGAAUGAUUGUUACCUUACUUGCAGCGUGACCUAUUCAGCAAUUUGCAAUCGCCGUCGUGACGCAUUCACGUCAUGUCCAUGUUGUGUUCAUGUCGCUGAAGUUCGAUCGCAUUGUUGCAUAUGAGCUGCAUGGUGGCGUGUGCUUGCAUGCUCGUGUGUACAAAUGUGUGUUUCAUCUGUGAGCUGCACAGAUGCAAGUGUGAUUCCCUGAAGGGACACAGAGGUCAGGUGGGAAAGGCUCCCGCUUGACCUCCCCAGAGACCUGCCUGCCAAAAUCUGGCCAUCAGUCUUCCCAACAUUCUGAGAGGAGGUCUCGUGACCCUCAGCGUUCAGGUAGGACCUAAUGACCUUUUACCUGAGUGACAUCUUCUACAAAACUGCAAAUGAGCUAAGGGAAACUGUGCAGAUAUGUCAGUGUAGUGACAUAUCCGGAGUCGAGGAUGACAGUGAACUUGGUGAUGACAUGACUGUGAUAUUUUGUCAACAGAGCAUCGAAAUGGAGAACUCCUUGAGCAUUGAAGAAGAAUUUAUUUUGGUAUAUUAAUUGAGAGUCUCUAUUUUUUGUUCCUUAGCUUUGUUUCCAACUGAAUUUGUGAGAUUUUAUCUUGCAUUUCAAUGCGCUGUAUGGCCUUUUCUUGAAUGUAUUGAUAAGGGAAUAGUCAUUAAUGUUCAUUUGCUAAGGCAUUUUGUCAACAGAGUUGAUCCUGUAAAUAAGGCAUGCAAAGUAGGACAGGUAUGGCGACAUGGUGCUCUGAGCAACCAAUAACCUUGGGCCACGUCCCAGUUCACCCAGUCUAACCUCUUUCUCUUGUCUCCCUUUCUAUGUGAAUGAGCACCAGCUCAACACAUGCUCAAAGGCCAGUAAGACAAGGAGAAAUCACUAGAGGUCUCAGGAUGAUGACUGUACUUUAACACAUCUUCCCGCCCUCUUCUGAAUCUUCUGUGUUUGAUAAGAGCUCUGCCACGUGAUGUUAAAUAAAAAAUAAUUUUAUGGCAUCAUGUCGACCAAAUGCUUGAUGUCUAAAAUGUGUUGAAAGGCAUAAAGCUUUUGGUGGUGUUUGGACAUUUGCCAGUUUUUUUGCCAGCUUUUGAUUUAAACAGAACUGUAAUUGUAGAUGAUUGUGCACUGUAAUCCACUAUAAGAGCUUCACCUUGAUUGCAGAAUGACGUGUGAUGUCAUAAAAGAGGUAACCUUGGGUGUUGUCAGUAGAAAGGGCUUGGAAGGGAAACAGUGUGUUUAGGGUCUCCUUAUCCAGUUUAGUUAAAGGGCAUAGCAGAAGAUAGAAACACUGCAUUACACAGUCACUGUUACAGUGUAACUAUACUAUUAAGCAUAGUGUGGUAUAUACUGAGUACAUACGCUGUUCUAUCUUAUGUAAGCACAGGGUAUCAAUAUGUUGUUACAGUAAUUAAUAGUAUAAUUACACUGUAACCAUGCCUAGGUGACAGAGUGCUACUGUGAAGAGCUCUAGCUUUGCACCUGAAAGUUAUGGGGCAAUCUUUACAAGCAAAAUUGUGGCAUACAGUCCCUGAAUGAAGUGGAGUUGAAACUGCAUUGACCCAGACCUCCUAAUUAACCUGAAGGAUGGGGUGGGUGCAAUAGUUACAGCAUCUUGUUUAGACGUAUGCGUAGUCAUAACUGUGAAAUGCACUUUAUUUUUUAGUUGUUUUUUUUUAUGAGAAAUGGCACAAGUUACUUAUCUGCAAAAUAUAAAAAUGAUAAUCAACAUGCACUAAUUAACUAAGACAUUGUAAGACAUUGUGUGAACGUGGUGUAUAUUUUUCCAAGGUGUUAGUGGUAUCUUUUUAUUGCUUUGGUUAGUUUAAUGAAUUGAAAGAUCUUGUUAAUUUUGUAUUAAAAGAAUGUGCUGUACAUUAAAAAUAAACCAGCCUGUGCUUGUUUA